AUGUAUGUCGUGGAUGCUUUGGGUAUUUACUUUGCUAGCAUAUCAACAGCAGUUAAAGUAUUGCAACUUACACUUGCUGGCAUAUUUCCUUUGUUUCAGCAUCUUAAUUUAAUCGAAUUUGAUAUGGAGAGGACUCAUGAGCCUUCCACUAUUAUACCUUUACGGAAAGAAAAAUCCCAAUUUGGAAACUUUCGAUCCAGCUAG